AUGUCGCUAAAUAUUCAAGCAUAUACGAACUGCGCACUAAAAGAGCGGGUGAACCUUAAAGUUGAGUGUAUAGCCUCCGUGCUAAACUUUCUUUUAGUGGGCACUGCUGACGGCAAAUUGGUGAUCUAUGAGACUCAAGCAAUCAACCAGGAGGAAUGGAAUGCACGGAUUCUUUGCACACAUAUUAGUAAGCGCCGAAAGCCGAUUCGCUCGUUAACCCCGUUACGGCAUGCUGGAGUGGUGCUGGCUAUAUGCGGUACAGACACUAUCGUAGUAUAUGCUUUGCCAGCUAUGACUAGUCAGUACCGAAUUAAUACCGCCGCCACCGACGACCUCACGCCAGAGCUGUCAGUUUUAAGGCUAUCGAAGGAUAUCGUAACUUUGAGUGUCAAGAAGUUUAAGAGUGUCUUUACAGUAGCUGUUUUACACCGUCAUCAGCUGUCUUUAUAUGAAUUCCUUGAGGAAUCCAAGACCCUCUCUCUCGUGAAGGAAGGACCGAGCUUUACAGAUAAGGCUCACACCGUAGUGUGGGCAGGGAAGUACACUCUGUUUAUAGGCUUCCGAAAAGACUACCGGCUGUACAACUUGGCAAUGGAUAGUAUUGUGGAUCACUUGUAUGCCUCCGGUAAGGCUCAGACACCCUCUCUUCUAUCCAUGCACCCGGUACCAGAGGUUCUAGUUACCACGGAGGAAGCGCGGCUGCAACGCGCCUUGCCAGACGGCAGCCCGGUACCGGGCGACUCUUCCGUUUUCUGCGGGUCCCCACCCACUGUUGUCGUGUAUGAUCAUCCGUAUCUAUUGUGUGCGUACCAGCACAGCGAGCCUCGGUUGGAGGUGUAUCUGCCACUGAUUACCAACCUCCCAUUACCACAGCGCCCACCGACGGUGUCGUGCCAGGUGCUUCCCGUCACGCCUAUCCAUAUGCUCCAACGACACGUCGUGGACCUCGACCAACACUUGCCAACGACGGAGCGAGGCCCUGCCGACGAGGAAUAUCGAGAAAAUCGAGACUGCAUCUGGUUUCUAGGCCCCAGCAACUACAUCCAUCUCCUCGUGCGGCAGCCGGUGAGUUGCGGUAUCGAGGCGUGCUGCAACAACGGCCUCCUCUCUGUCGGUACAAUUCUUUGCCAGCUAUGCUGUAACGAAGUUGACGCUCAGGUACGACAGAGGGCCUUGAUGCAGCAUGCUGUCCAAGAGUUCUUUUUAGGCAACCACGCAGCAGCACUUCAGGCCAUGGCGCAGUCCACAACAGAGCCGCACUAUGCGAUGUUGCUGUACCCAGACUUACUUCCCCAGGCACUGCGGACGCAGUUCCUUCAAGCAAUUGACAGGGAUGUGCGUCUGCAGUUGGAGCAUGGGCUAGAGUCGAAUCCGUGUGAGAGAAGCACUAACGAAGCGCUUCGGUCUCUGGUGGGAUUUUUGGCUCCACUGAGACCGCAAUGGGUGCGGAAGACUCGUUCCUCUGUAUCUGCCACAAAUGUAGCGACCGAUGCUGCUGAUGUUGUAAAAGGGUUAGACACAUGUCUUCUGAAAGCUUACACACUCUUAGGAAUGGAGGAAGCAUUGAUAGACAUGUUGCAGCAACCUAACUAUUGCGAUUUAGAGGAUGGGGAGGGUUUUCUCAUCACUCGACACAUGUGGGUGCCCAUGGCGGUCUGGUGGAAGGGACUUGGGAAGCAUGCUCAGGCCCUCAUGCAGCUACAAGAACUUUGCGUGGAUCACCCUUCUUCUAUUCCCGGCCUCUCCCAGCCUCUGUCCUGGGAUGUUUUCUGUGCCUUGAGGUGUAUCUGUAUUGAGGGUGGGGCUGCUCUAUCUGAAGGGUUUCAGCCUGGCGGUUUCUUGGUCAAGCAACUAGAGCAUGCUCCUGGAGCUGGCGCAAAAGUGGUUGAAAAGGUUGUAGUUGCCAUAACGCUAGCCAAGUAUAUCAGCAAAUUAUCCUUGGAUCCGCUUAACGGGGAAUCGGACCUGAUCAGGACAUACAUCCCGUGGCUCCUACGUAAUAUUCCGACUACACUUUCUCUAGGUGCAUUUUUAUCAAGUUGUAAUAGAGAGUAUUACCACGAGGCACUUCGGAUUAUUCAAUCGAAAGAGACGCUCAACUGCCCUGGGAUCAUUCACCCAGUGCUUCCCACGGUCGAUUUUCUGAACGUUUUGAUGAAUGAUGCAUCUUUUCCUACUGCCGGCGACAUUGCUGAACUUCACACAACUUAUUGGCAAAGCUUGGCCCUGCUGGUGUUUGGUGGGGCAGUUGAUACAGAUACCAUGUCCAUUGCAGUGCGACGAGAGCACCUAGACGCAUUUCUGCUGCAUUCUCCAUUCGUAGAUUUUUCAGCAGCUUGCGAGUUCUUCGAGAAUCCAGAAAUUAAGGCGAGUAGCCGUCCCGAGCGGGCGGUUGUGUAUUCUCGUAUGAAUGAUCAUGAGCGCGCAAUGGAUAUGUAUUUAAAUGAGGGUGGACGCUCCCUUGAAGAAGCAGAAGCAUACGCCGCACGCGUAGAGCCAGAGUCACGUGGCGACGUGUUUGAAGUACUGCUAAAGAGGUUAAUGCAGCCCCCGGAGGGACCUCCACGCAUGGAAGAGGUACUGCGACUGUUGCAGACUAGUAAGGGCAUGAAUGCUCUCUCCACGCUGUCCAUGUUGCCGGAUUGCAUGCCGCUUAGUGAGUUGGGUCCUUUUUUGAUCCAGUCACUGAACAGUUCGGCCGCCGAAGAGCAGCAGGAAGAAAUUUAUUUAGCAAUGCUAACCGCCCAGAAGGCAAAACUGCAGCAGACGCUCCUGGACGAGCAGUCCAAAUUCAUUAAGGCGGUUGAGGGGACUCUCUGCGGGGUUUGCCACAAAAGGAUAUACGCCGAACAGUCGUUUGUGUGCUACCCCAAUCGUGUUAUUGCUCACGAGGGCUGCAUUGAUGACGAGCAUAUUUGCCCCGUUACGCAUGUUGAUUUUCGCAAAGAUAUUCUUUCUUUGAUGCACAGUAUAUAG